ACAAGAGCUGUAGAAAUAUGAGGUUGUGAGGCCUUGGAGCAGGUGCAGUCAAUCAGCAAAGAGUGCAAGAGUAAUCUUGUCACGUUUCAACAACAGAAAAGACUAAUUUUUGGGGGAAUUACAGUUCCUCACCCCGUGGACACAACAAAACGAAUGGGGAGAGAUCAAUUGGACACACCUUCAAGGGAGCCAUGAAUAAUCAUUCGAGUGUAACCUCAGAUGCACUGCAGUCUGCCUCAUCUAAUGGGAGUGCACACAUCCUCCAGGCAGAUUUGUCCAAUCAGAAAGCUGACAUCUUCCUGGCUCCAAUAUCACAGGAGAAUACAGACAUUUCACAGGAUGUCACCUCCAGUGUGAAUAUAACCAGAGACGCUGGAACUUCUUCUCCCAUAACCCAUGUUGACAUUUUCCAACCCAUCCCUUCCAUUUUGGACACACCCCUCACAGAAAAUGCUCCCUCAACUGGGUCCUUUGAUACUUUUCAAAGCACACCAUGUGUCCAGAAACCAAAACCAGAAGUCCAAAAGACACCAGGGUCUCCAUUUGUAGAUCUUAAAUCCAACUCUGCAUGUAACCAAAAUACACCAAAAUCAGAAGUCUCCAAUAAUUCACAACAGAACGAUUCACCAGACCACAAUACCAGCUGGUUACAAGGCAUUGUCAUGUCCCCUCCCUGUGAAUUCUCAGACACCAGUGAAACCCAGUCUUCCAUGAACAACGGUCCGGAACCAUUUUCUGGAACCUCAGCCUCCAGUCCCCAGGUUGACAUCUUCCAACCUCUCUCCAACACCAAUGUGGAGGCACCUAUCACAGAAGUCAAGACCCCCAGUCAAACUAUAGAGGUUUACCAAAGCCCACUGUUCAGCCAAGACACUGACGUCUGUGACAAACCAAAGCAGGAACAACCAAAUACUCUCAGGUUGUGCCUCAGGAAUAAUGUCUCAUUUUCUGAAAAGACACCCUCCCCUGGGUCAUUAGAUGCCUACCAGAUUCCAUCUACCACCAGGGAACUAAAGUUUGACUCGAUCCCAAAUGGUGACAUCUCUCGAGAGCAUGUCUCAGCUACUUCAUUAUCCACAGUGACCCCUGACGAGCCUCCAUUGACCCACUCCUCCAUCUUCCAUUCUAUGCCAAUUUUUCAGGUCCUGUCCUCAGGCCAAGCAUCUGCCAACCCUUGCCACCAGCCUAUACCCAAUGGAAAAUCCAACUUUGCGAGGGCUAAGAAUGCUACUGAAAAUUUGCCCUCUGACAAGAAGAUGAACACUGUAUCCACACCUGGUGGCAUAAUGCAAGAGAACAAUUCAUCAUAUAUGACCAAUCAGAUAUUCUCCUCAUCUUCCUCUCAGGAAAACGCUCCAUCCACAGGCACAUGGUCUGAGUUUUCACAGGUUUUACCUGGAGCUCCUAAGGCAGCCUUGAUACCUAAGGUUUCUUUCCACUCACUAGCACAGGAGGAACCAGGUCUUGGAGAGGAGGGAUCCCCAUUAUAUGUGAACAUUGAGUUCACCGGUGAGGAGCGAUGUAUUGAAGACUGGCCAGAAGACAGCCCUCAACUUGCCUCCAACUGGAAACCAUCUGGGACAUUCCGUCUGAGGAGGGAGUCACUUGUGGAAAAAGGAAAUGGAACCAACGGCAGCGUCAAAAGUGGAAGGACGUCAUUGAAAAAGCUGACUUUGUCAGUUUCUACUCGUAGAAGAUCAAAGAGUAAGAAGCAGAAGCUCAAAGGCCCUCAAGUUCUUCGUAGAAAGUCAAAGGAGAAGCUGAGCGUUGGUGACAACACACCAGACGACAUCUCUGAGGGGCCUGAGGGGAAAAGAACAGGAAGUCAUGAUUUGCCUACAAGUCCCACCAUGCAACUGAUUGGUGUUGAGAUGGAUGACAGUGUGUUUUCCCCCAUUAUACCUGAG